AUGACUCUGUUGACCCAAGAAGAUAGAGAAGCAAUUAAUAAAGCUUAUUGGGAUAUGUCAUGGCAGGAACAACACGCAUUUGUUGAAGCACACACUUAUGUAGCAGUUCCAAAAAGAAAAAUUACAAGCCAACCAAAAAGGAAACCAAAAGGAAAUUUUAUAUUUAAAAAACAAGAUGGUACCAAAAAAGAGGUGUGUAAAAUAUUUUUCCUCACUACUCUAGGAUAUUUGAAAAUUAAUGACAGGAUCCUACAUAGAACUUUUAGUGAUCCUGCAACAGAUAAACGUGGUAAACACCAAAAAACACCAGUAUUUGAUCGCGAUUUACUGCAUCAACACGUUGAAUCGUUUAACCCGUUGGAACCACACUAUAGGCGUGAACAUGCACUUUUGCGACGAUACCUACCUAGUGAUAUAAACAUAACUCAAAUGCAUAAACAUUUUUGUGAGACGUACCCCAGUAAAAAUAUUUCAUACUGCUUAUAUAGAUCACACGUUAAAAAAAUGAACAUAUCAUUCACUGCUCUUGGCAAUGAAGAGUGUGAAAUAUGCGAGGCUUAUAAUUUUCACAAAAAGGAAACAUCACAUGAUGCCACUAUCCAGAUACUUGAAGAGUGUACAGUUUGCGUGGACUGGGAUAAACAUCACCAAAGGUACACAAAGGCACGAGAGCUUUACACAGCACAUAAAGAAGAACCACAAAAUAAUUCACAGGUAUUCUAUAGCGCUGACCUCGAAAAAGUGAUCAUGUUGCCCAGAUUGGAGAUGUUUAAAGCGGCAAUUUUCUCUCUGCGCCUUACAGCCUACAAUCAAACUUUUGCACCACUUGGCAAGAUUACCACAGAGUGUAAACCCCUCACAGUUAUCUGGCAUGAUGGCAUUGCGGGCCGAAAACAGGAAGAUAUAAUGUCUGCCUUUUAUCAUUUUCUCUUGCGUAAUAGAGAUGUUGAGAAAGUACACAUCUGGCUCGAUAAUUGCAGCUCGCAAAACAAGAAU